AUUCCAACAGACGCCCAGCUCGCCUAAAGUUACGAUUCAAAAAACACACUUUGAGUGCCCAAGUCGGCAACACGCUAAACAGUAAACACCUCUCUCUCUCUCUCUCUCUCUCUCUCUCCUCUAACCAGAGGCAGAAGAGAGCCACCAUAUUCCAUAUAUAUUCGUUCGGAGAAAGAGUAACCGAAGACGAAACGAAAGUCAAUACCCCAUAAUCAUGUCGCUCCUGAUCAAACCACUACCCUGUCUUCUCCUGCCAAUCAUCUUCAUCCUCUUCUCUUCCACCCUGCAUUCAAUCUCUCAUGGGGCUCCUUCCACUGAUCUUCACUCUCAAACCAAUCACAUUCCAGGAGCAGUCGAUGAGAGCGAAAACGGCGUUGUUGGGUGGGGUGUUAGGAGGUCUGUUCUUGAAAAUUCAUCUAUAACAUUGGCUGCUCAGAGAACAAGGAGGAAAGACCCACUUAACAAUUUCAAUUACUAUAUUGGUGGAUGGAAUAUCCGUAAUAAACAUUACUUCGCUUCCGUGGGCUUUACUGGCAUUACCUUUUUUCUCAUUGCUGCAAUCUGGUUUGUCGGAUUUGGCUUGUGUCUGCUCCUCCUCUGCUGCUGUUUUUGCUGCUGCCGCCGCGAACCUUAUGGCUAUUCUCGAGCUGCUUAUGCACUCUCUCUUAUUUUACUUUUGUUGUUCACCGUGGCCGCAGUCAUCGGAUGCAUUGUUUUGUACACUGGGCAAGGGCAGUUUCACAACACCACAUCGGAUACGUUGGACUAUGUUGUGUCGCAAGCCAACACAACUGUUGCGAAUCUUGAGAACGUAUCGGAUUAUCUUGCUGCAGCUAAGAGCAUAGGAAUUGACCAAGUUUCUUUGCCUACUGACGUUCAAAACAACAUUGACAAUGUUGACAACGAGAUUAGUUCUGCUGCCACAACUCUUCAAAGUGAGACAAAGAAAAACAAGAAAAAAAUAGAGGAUGUUCUGGAUACAGUGAGACUUGCACUUAUCAUUAUUGCUGCUGUAAUGCUACUCUUGGCCUUGUUGGGUUUCCUAUUCUCAAUUCUCGGAUUGCAGUUUCUUGUAUACGUCUUGGUGAUCGUUGGGUGGAUUCUCAUCGCUGGCACGUUUAUCUUGGCUGGGGUAUUUCUUGUAGUCCAUAAUAUGGUAGGGGACACCUGUGUUGCAAUGGACCAGUGGGUCCGGCAUCCCACAGCUCAUACAGCUCUAGACGAUAUUCUCCCAUGUGUGGACAAUGCAACUGCGCAAGCAACCUUGUCUCAAAGCCAAGAAGUUACCUACCAAUUGGUCGGAAUCGUGAACGGGGUCAUCGCCAAUGUGUCCAAUGUUAAUGUACCACCCAGUGUUCCUCAACCUCUGUAUUUCAAUCAGUCUGGACCUCUUGUGCCUCUCCUCUGUAACCCAUUUAACGCUGACUUGUCUAAUCGAACUUGCGCAGCUGGUGAACUGGAUUUCGAAAAUGCAACACAGGUUUGGCAGAAUUAUGUGUGCAAAGUUUCAAGUAACAACACUUGCACUACAGUGGGCCGUUUGACUCCCACUAUGUAUUCCCAGAUGAUUAAUGCAACCAAUGUGAGCUACGGUCUGUAUCACUACGGUCCAUUCCUCGUAGAUUUACUUGAUUGCAGCUUUGUGCGCGAGACCUUUGCCGGCAUAACCCAGGAUCACUGCCCUGGCCUGAAGCGAUACAGUAUGUGGGUCUACAUUGGCUUGGCCAUGGUCUCAGCUGCAGUCAUGCUUUCUUUGAUCUUCUGGGUAAUCUAUGCCAGGGAGAGGCGACACCGGAAAUAUACGAAACUCGUCAAUGCUCGACAUGGGGAUCAGCAUGGUUCUUUUGGAGAGAAAAGGCCAUAAAUGGAAUUUUGAAGUCUCUGUCUAUAGGUUUGGUUUGUUCAUUCAUAGUUUUAUGUACAUGGUGAGUUUGAAUAUUUGGAGUUUUAUUUGUAAUACAUAGGGGUUUUAUUUGAGAUCAUACGGUAUAAGAUAAUUUAUUUAUUUUUCUCCAUUUUUCUUUU